CUCAUUGAUCUCCAACAAUAUUGCAGUCAUGAAUAUCCUGAGUACCUUUAUUCUGGCUUUUGUCCUGAUUGUGGCAAAAGCUUCCGAAGAUACCCAUGGGUAUGGUCACGGAUACUCCCACGGAUUUACCGGUCACAAGUUGAUUUCCCAAUCGGUUCACCUCAAAGAAAUUCCAACGAAAGUCGUCAAAAUAACGAAAACCAUCGCCGUGAAGGUACCUGUGCCCUAUCCUGUGAAGGUACCUGUUCACAUUCCUGUGCCGGUGCCAGUGAAUCAUCCCUUUCCCAUUCCCGUUCCCCAGAUCGUGAAAGUUCCAGAACACGUGCCUUACGAGGUCUCCAAACACAUCCCAGUGGAACUUACGCAGCAGGUACCAUUGCUCCUGACUAAACCUGUUCCAUAUCCGCAACCAUAUCCUGUUCCUCAUGGUAUCAAGAUUUCUCAACCGCUGCCGUAUCCAGUGCCUCAUCCCAUCUCAUUUCCCGCGCACGAGGAGUCCAAGCAAAGUGAAUUGAAUCACGUCGAUGGAGAAUCCCAGCACGAGGAGUCAUCCAAUUAUCAACAGACUGUUUCUCAUGGUGAUGAGGCUGAGGACAAGCCGUUCAAUCCCUCCCAGCCGAUUGUUGUCCAGCCACAUGAGUAGUUCUCGAGUGUUUGCUCGCACCUUGUAAAUACAUUCUCCGCCCUGUUUGUUUGUUUUUUUUUUGUUGAUCAUGUUGUUAAGCUUGUUGGUCGUGAUAUUAAAAUUUUUGAUACAUCA